AUGCUGAAUUUUGCUGAUAUAAAAUUUAACAAAAAGGAAUUAUCUAUCUAUCUAUCUAUCUAUCUAUCUAUCUAUCUAUCGGAUUCUAUCUAUCUAUCUAUCUAUCUAUCUAUCUAUCUAUCUAUCUAUCUAUCUAUCUAUCUCAUACAGGUCGCAUGUGUGUAUGCAUCUAUCUAUCUAUCUAUCUAUCUAUCUAUCUAUCUAUCUAUCUCAGCCUUGUUGUAUGUCUGUAUGUAUAUAUCUAUCUCUGUCUGGUCGUAUCUAUCUUUCUAUCUAUCUAUCUAUCUAUCUAUAUUUAUAUGUCUUGUAUUUAUGUAUGUAUUUUAUACAUAUGUAUCAAUCUAUCUCUGUCUUUCUAUCUAUCUAUCUAUCUAUCUACCUAAACUAACUAUCUGUCUAUCUAUCUAUUUCAUACGAGCCAUAUGUAUGUAUGUAUGUAUGUAUCUAUCUAUCUAUCACAGGAAUUAUCUAUCUAUCUAUCUAUCUAUCUAUCUAUCUAUCUAUCUAUCUGUAAGCGAGUCUAUUUUCUAUCUAUCUAUCUAUCUUCUAUCUAUCUAUCUAUCUAUCAUACAGGUCGCAUGUGAAAUAUGCAUCUAUCUAUCUAUCUAUCUAUCUAUCUAUCUAUCUAUCUAUCUAUCUCAGCCUUGUUGUAUGUCUGUAUGUAUAUAUCUAUCUCUGUCUGGUCGUAUCUAUCUUUCUAUCUAUCUAUCUAUCUAUCUAUAUUUAUAUGUCUUGUAUUUAUGUAUGUAUAUUUAUACAUAUGUAUCAAUCUAUCUCUGUCUGGUUCUAUCUAUCUAUCUAUCUAUCUAUCUAUCUAUCUAUCUAUCUAUCUAUCUAUUUUUAUACGAUGAUGACAUCAACAAUACUAAAUACUAUUACAACAAAAACAAUCUAUCUAUCUAUCUAUCUAUCUAUCUAUCUAUAAUUUUAUUUUUUGAAAAACAGACCAAAACAUAA